UUCACAACUCCUUUUUCGCUGUUUAGUGAAGGAUUUCGAACCUUUGAAAACACAGUCUUGUCUUGUGACUCUUGUCUAUCCACUUUCUCGUCCUUCACUUACCACCAGGACUAGAGUCCCACGACCAAUCACAAAGUUUCAAAAGUGUCCCUACGAUAUUUGGCAUACAGCUGAUAAACCGAAUCAGUAUAAAGUACCGUUUAUUUUUGCCCCAACUGUGUUUUAGUAGUGGUAAAAAAUGAACCAAGAGAUGGAUACUGAGAGUGAUCAGAACCAUCAAGAGACUGCAGAGAGAAUAGAUUAUGUGUUCAAGGUGGUGGUGAUCGGUGACUCUGCAGUAGGCAAGACUCAGAUUCUUUCCAGGUUUACCAAGGAUGAGUUCUGCUUUGAUUCAAAGUCUACCAUUGGUGUUGAGUUCCAGACUAGGACCGUCACCAUUAAAGGCAAGGUCAUCAAGGCUCAGAUCUGGGAUACUGCUGGCCAAGAAAGGUACCGAGCAGUGACGAGUGCAUAUUAUAGAGGGGCAUUGGGGGCCAUGUUACUCUACGACAUCACCAAGAGACCGACAUUUGAUCAUGUGGUUAGGUGGGUCGACGAGCUCCGAGCCCAUGCGGAUAACUCAAUUGUGAUCAUGCUUAUUGGGAACAAGGUUGAUCUCGUGGACCUCAGGGCAGUUCCAGCAGAAGACGCGGUGGAAUUUGCAGAGGAUCAGGGCUUAUUUUUUUCCGAGACAUCAGCCUUCAGUGGUGACAAUGUGGACAGUGCAUUUUUCAGGUUGCUGGAGGAAAUUUAUGAUACGGUUUGUAAGAAGGCAUUGGAGUGUGGCAAUGGAAAUUCUAAUGUUGCUGAUGCCAUCACGCUUAAAGGUUCUAAGAUUGAUGGUAUAUCAGGGACUGAUUUGGAGAUAAGCGAGGUGAAGAAAUCAUCUGCUUGCUCAUGUUGAUUUGAUCAUUUUCUAGUGAAUUUUGUGCUGUAUGACUUUACUCCUCCAUGCUCUUACAUAAUUCUGUGGUUGUCUCUGGAAAGUGGUGAUCGGUGCCAUGGUAAGGGUGGCGAGUUUUUCCUUUUUCUUAACUUGCCAAGAUUUGAACAGUACCGUACUUGUCUUGUAUAACCAUUGCAUUUUACUUUA